AUGACGGUCCAUUCAAGGAUGAUCGGAAUCGUCGGAGGCGGUAUAAGCGGCAUAGCCGCCGCAAAGCAGCUGUCGAAGUACGAGCCGGUGGUGUUUGAGGCCACCGGCGGCAUCGGCGGCGUCUGGAAGCACUGCUCUUACCGCUCUACUAAGCUGCAGACUCCUCGCUGCGACUACGAGUUCUCCGAUUUUCCGUGGACGCAAAGGGAUAAUUCCAGUUUUCCGACGUACCUGGAAGUUCUCGACUACCUGCAUUCCUAUGCGACUCACUUUGACGUUCUGAAGUUCGUCAAGUUCAACUCUAAGGUGGUCGGAAUCCGGUUCGUCGGAGACCGUGAAACAAGCACCGGAGAUUAUGGGAGGUUGUUGCCUGGCCAUCCGGUUUGGGAAGUUUCUGUCCAAACCAACCAGUCUGAAACCCUAGAGUUAUAUAGCUUUGAGUUGUUGGUGAUGUGCACCGGAAAGUAUGGCGACGUGCCGAGAAUUCCACCGUUCCCGCAGGGCAAGGGGCCGGAGGUGUUCGCCGGAAAAGUUUUGCAUACCGAUGAUUACUGUAAGCUUGAAGAAGAAGGGUGUAGAGAGGUGGUGAAAGGGAAGAAGGUUGUAGUUGUGGGGUACAAGAAAUCCGCCAUUGACGUAGCUGUUGAAUGUGCAGAAGCCAACCAAGGGGCAGAUGGGAAAGCAUGCACCAUGGUGAUCAGGACCCUCCAUUGGACAGUUCCACACUACUCUAUUUGGGGUUUCCCAUUUUACUUGUUCUAUUCCACCAGAUUUUCUCAGUUCCUCUAUGAAAGACCAAACCAGGGCCUGUUCAGAACACUUCUAUGUCACGUUCUCUUUCCUUUGAGAGGAGUUGUUUCUAAGAUAAUCGAGUCUUAUCUCGCAUGGAAGCUCCCACUUGACAAGUAUGGAUUGAGGCCUGAUCAUCCCUUUGUUGAGGACUAUGCAUCCUGCCAGAUGGCGAUCCUGCCGGAGAGUUUCUUCAGGGAGGCUGAUAAAGGGAAGAUUCAGUUCAAAAGAUCAGCCUCAAAGUGGUGGUUCUGGGAGGGAGGGAUUGAGUUUGAGGAAGACAACACAAAGAUGGAGGCAGAUGUUGUGAUUCUUGCAACUGGUUUUGAUGGCAAGAAGAAGCUCGAAACCAUAUUGCCCGACCCCUUUCGCAGCCUCCUCGAAUUCCCCUCCGGGAUGAUGCCAUUAUACAGAGGCACAAUCAAUCCACUGAUUCCUAACAUGGCUUUCGUUGGCUACAUCGAGAGUGUGUCUAACCUGCACACAGCCGAGCUUCGGUGCAAAUGGAUGUCUAGACUAGUCGACGAACAAUUCAAGCUUCCAAGCGUGGAGAAGAUGCUCAAACAGACAACUGAUGAAAUGGAAAUCAUGAGGAGGAGUACCCGGUUUUACAAGCGGAGCUGCAUUUCCACCUUCAGCAUCAACCACAGCGACGAAAUCUGUGAAGAAAUGGGAUGGGAACCAUGGAGGAAGUCGACCUGGUUCUCCGAAGCCUUUAGCCCUUACAACAGCCAAGAUUAUGCAGACGAGAACUGAAACCACAAAU